AGCCAAGAGAUACCCUAAAAUCACAAUUUUCUGAUUUGAUCUCUCUUUUCUCUAGCCGAGAAUGAGCGAUGGUACCAUGGACGUUGACGAAUCACCGGUUUCGUGGAAGGUAAAGUCUCUCGAGGCAAUAGUCGAUGGUGCUUUCUCUUCGACUCUCUCGAAACUCUCAUCUUCUUCUCGUCUGAUUCCGUCGAGUAGAGAUUUUCAUUUUUACUACAAUUUCGAUGAGUUCAAACGACCAAUCGAUGAUAUAGCUGGAAGCUCGCAAUCAGUUCUCGAGACGAUCGGUGAUUCCGAGCAAGUUUGGGGGAAAUCGAUGAAGUUUCCUGGCGAUGUUGAUGAAGUUGAUGCGGAGGAUUGGCUUUGUAAUGUAAAUGAUGAAUUUAUCGAGAGAUUUGAUGUUUCUGUUGAUGAGUUUCAGAGGAUUCGGAAGAAAGAAGAGGAAAUUGGUCGGCCUGUGGCUUAUAAUGGGGAUGAUGGGUUUCAGAUGGUUUAUGGGAAGAAGAAAAAGCCCGUCGGUAAUGUGAUUACUGGCUCGGUGGCUAACGGUGGUUCCGUGAUUGAUGUUAAGAUGGCUGAGAGGGAUAAGAAUUCAUCUGGUAAGGCCAAAGUUCCUUUCCAUGUACCAACCAUAAAGAAGCCUCAAGAGGAGUAUAACAUACUGGUGAACAACGCUAAUCAACCGUUUGAGCAUGUUUGGUUGGAGAGGAGCGAGGACGAUCAGCGGGCCAUGCAUCCACUGGAGAAACUUUCAGUGCUUGACUUCGUUGACAAAGAUUUAAACGAGAUGGAACCUGUUAAGCCCCUUCCACUCGAAGAGACUCCAUUCAAGUUUGUUCAGGAAGUGAAAGAUCUAAAAGAAUUAGUUGCUAAACUGCGUGGUGUUGAAGAGUUUGCGGUUGAUCUGGAGCAUAAUCAGUAUCGAUCUUUUCAAGGAUUGACAUGCUUGAUGCAAAUUUCCACCAGAACAGAGGAUUAUAUAGUUGAUACAUUUAAGCUUCGUAUUCACAUUGGUCCUUAUCUAAGGGAGAUAUUCAAAGACCCUAAAAAGAAAAAGAUAAUGCAUGGAGCAGAUCGAGAUAUUAUCUGGCUUCAACGGGACUUCAGCAUAUAUGUCUGCAAUCUCUUUGACACAGGACAGGCCUCCAGGGUCCUAAAUUUGGAGAGAAAUAGCCUGGAGUUUCUUUUGCAGCAUUUUUGUGGAGUUACUGCAAAUAAAGAAUACCAAAAUGCAGACUGGAGAAUUCGACCCCUUCCAGAGGAAAUGACAAGAUAUGCAAGAGAAGAUACCCACUAUCUUUUAUACAUAUAUGAUGUAAUCAGGCUAGAACUGCAAAGAAUGGCAAAGGAUGACGAGCUUACUGACUCUCCUCUGCUUGAGGUCUACAAGCGGAGUUACGAUGUGUGCACACAACUAUAUGAGAAAGAGCUAUUGACCGAGAAUUCAUAUCUUCACGUAUAUGGGCUUCAAGCAGCGGGCUUUAAUGCAGCUCAACUUGCCAUUGUUGCGGGGCUUUGCGAAUGGAGGGAUUUCAUUGCGCGUGCAGAGGAUGAGAGCACUGGUUAUGUAUUGCCAAACAAAGUUCUCCUUGAAAUAGCCAAGGAGAUGCCUGUUAGUGUUGGCAAAUUGCGUAGGAUGUUGAAGUCAAAGCAUCCUUAUAUCGAGCGUAAUGUUGAUUCGGUGGUCAGUGUCAUCAGGCAAUCAAUACAAAAUUCUGCAGCAUUUGAGUCUGCCGCUCUAUCUUUAAAAGAUGUGUCUCCUGGAACUGUAAUGGAUAAGAAUAUUGAACCUAUUAGUGAGAAGAAAGACAUGCACGCAGUAGAUGUAGCUUCUCCAAGUUUGAAGGAAAAUUCUUCGCAGCUUGAGAGUACCAGGGACCUAAAUAUGGUUGCAGCAAAUACUAAUGAAGGGAGAGGUUUAGGCACCGGCUUGUUUGGUUCUGCUAAGGUUUCUGCGGCUGUUAGGAUCUCUAAGAAACCGAGCAGUGGUUUAGGAGCAUUGCUGGGAAGUGCAGCCUCGAAGAAGAAAUCUCGAACUGAUGAGAAGGUGAAGGAAGAUGUGAAGCUCGAACAGAUAAGAUCAUCUGUAAACCUAUCAUUCCAUUCGUUUACAGAGAAAGUUCCUGACUCAAAGUCAACUACUGAAACAACUCCGAAGGUUUAUGGGAAGCCUGAAGAGAUGUCCACUACUAUGCAAGCCUCUGUUUCCAAGGAAGAUGGUGUGACAGAGUUGAAAGAUGAUUCAGAAGAAGCCUCAAAGAUCGUUGGUACUUCUGGUAGAGUUUCAGAGUCCAAAGUAUCUGGUUCCGAGACAGGUGAUAUUAUACUAUUAGAAAAUGGUGAUGAGAAAGAAGUUGAGGCUGAAGAUGAACCAAUGUCUCUCUCAGAGUUGUCCACAAACUUUCAGAAGUGCUUUAAGUCCAUGAAAAAGAGCAACAAGGCCCAAAAGCAGACCGAUUUUUUAAACAUAGAGCCGUUUGAUUAUGAAGCUGCAAGGAAAGAGGUGAAAUUUGGUGAAGGACACAAGGGAAGACAAGGAAAGAAAGAAGUUGCAGCAGGUCAGAAGAAGAAGGGGGCUGGACCGGAGCAGUCAGAGUUUGGUCAAGGAAAACGGCGUCAAGCUUUUCCGGCAUCUGGGAACCGAAGUGCGACCUUUAAAAGUUAGGCUGCAAAAUUCUUACCCGCUCAAUAUUGAUUGAUGGUUUUGUUUAAGAUCAUUUAUUCAUUUUCGUUGUGGCCUAUGGUGAACUUUUUGUUUUGAUCGUUUUCAUUUUAUCAACUUCAUAAUUCAAACUGUGGUGGGACUUGGGGAUACAAACUCUUUUGCUCGAAACAUAAAAUCUGAUUCAUAGU